AUCUCGCGGGAUCUCAAGGGAGGGCAGACAGGGUCAGGUGCUAUCAUGGCGGCAGAAGAUACGGAUGUGGAUAUCGAAGGGGACGUGGUGUUGGCAGCGGCGGCACAGCCGGGAAGUGAUGAAAAUGGAGCAUCAGCUCUACAACAAGAUCAUUAUCUUGAUUCAUCAUGGAGAAAUGUGAAUGGCCUUAUUCCUUGGACUCUAGAUAACACCAUCAGUGAUGAGAACAGAGCUGUCAUUGAGAAAAUGUUAUUGGAAGAAGAAUAUUAUUUAUCUAAAAAAUCUCUUCCAGGAAAAUUCUGGCGUGAUCAAAAGGAUGAUAAAAAAUACCUGAACAGGGUCCAGUCUCCUACAAAACCAGCAGGUUACUCCAUAAAGUGGACGAUAGAAGAAAAAGAGCUGUUUGAACAAGGGCUGACUAAAUUUGGUCGACGGUGGACCAAAAUUGCAAAGCUAAUGGGAAGUCGCACUGUUUUACAAGUGAAGAGUUAUGCCAGACAGUAUUUUAAAAAGAAGGUAAAAUGGGCUCCUGAGAAAGAAACACACAGUGAGAAGAGCAGCAGUGAUCUUCAGGUUGAAAAUAAAGCUGAAGGGGCGGAAGCCCAAGUGCUGUCGUGUGUGAGGGAACAUUUGGACCCUAACUUGAAUGCUGUCAAGAUUGAAAAGUUGUCUGAUGAUGAAGAAGUGGACAUCACAGAUGAGGUAGACGAGUUGACUUCUCAGACACCGCAGAAGAAUACCAGCAGUGUUCCCUCAAUGGGCAGUCCUAGUAAUAAAGCAUGUGAACCCAGUCACAGACAAUGUGUACUCCAGGAAAGUCCCUUUUCUGAAUCUUCCAGAGGCUAUCUGCGUAAUAUAAAGCAAGAUGAAACAGAAGUGCAUUUAGGCUCAGAAAAUACACUGUGGACUGAAAAACAGAGCAACAGUGCCACAAACUCAGUUGAAUUAAACCAUCAGAAACAGAGUCAGCUGCGUGAUGGAAACACAAUAAUAGACAAUGCCAAGUCAAAAUCUUCAGAGCCUUGUGAAAUUCAGAAAGAUACAAGUGAUAAUGAAGUGCUUUUUCAUUCUUGUCAAAUGGUGGAGGAAAGUCAUGAAGAAGAAGAGCUUAAACCACCAGAACAGGAAGUAGAAAUAGAUAGAAGUGUCAUUCAAGAAGAAGAAAAACAAGCAAUUCCUGAGUUUUUUGAGGGACGUCAAACUAAGACACCAGAACGCUAUUUGAAAAUUAGAAAUUACAUUUUGGAUCAGUGGGUGAUACGGAAACCAAAAUACUUGAAUAAGACCUCAGUGCGCCCUGGCCUGAAGAACUGUGGGGACGUCAACUGCAUUGGGCGGAUUCACACGUACCUGGAGUUGAUAGGAGCGAUCAAUUUCGGAUGUGAACAGGCUGUCUAUAAUAGGCCACAACCGGUUGAUAAAGCUCGAAUCAGAGACAGAAGAGACGCAGUGGAAGCGUACCAGCUUGCACAGCGGCUGCAGUCUAUGCGCACUAGGAGGCGGAGGGUCCGAGACCCUUGGGGAAACUGGUGUGAUGCAAAGGAUUUAGAAGGACAGACAUUUGAGCAUCUCUCUGCUGAAGAAUUGGCAAAAAGAGAAGAAGAAAAUAGCAAACCUGCUAAAUCUUCAAAAGUGUCAAGAUCAACAAAAAGUUCAUUUGAUCCUUUCCAGCUGAUUCCUUGUAGUAUUUUCAGUGAAGAAAAACAGGAGCCAUUUCAGGUGAAAGUGGCUUCAGAAGCACUUUUAAUAAUGGAUUUGCAUGCUCAUGUUUCUAUGGCAGAAGUAAUUGGUCUGCUAGGAGGAAGAUACUCAGAAGUUGAUAAGAUAAUGGAAGUCUGUGCAGCAGAACCGUGUAACAGUCUCAGUACAGGACUACAGUGUGAGAUGGAUCCUGUAUCACAAACACAGGCCUCAGAAACCUUGGCUGUUAGAGGGUACAGUGUGAUUGGAUGGUAUCAUUCUCAUCCUGCAUUUGAUCCUAAUCCUUCCUUACGAGACAUUGACACACAGGCCAAAUACCAGAGUUACUUCUCAAGAAGAGGUGCCAAGUUCAUUGGAAUAAUUAUUAGUCCCUAUAAUCGAAACAAUCCUUUGCCAUAUUCCCAGAUGACCUGCCUGCUUAUCAGUGAGGAGAUCAGCUCAAAUGGCUCCCAUCGUUUACCUUACAAAUUUGAAGUACACCAGAUGUUAGAAGAACCUCAGUGGGGAUUAGUACUUGAAAAGACAAGAUGGAUAAUAGAGAAAUACAGGCUCUCCAGUAGCAGUGUCCCCAUGGAUAAAAUCUUUCACCGGGAUUCUGACCUGACUUGUUUGCAAAAAAAGCUCAUGAUCCCAGCUGAGGACAGGGUGAAAAAGGAAGAACGGAGAGACGUGUACACACCUGACAGCUGGCUUGGCUUGGCUGGACCACAUGCCCUUGCAAAGAACCACCAAGGAGGGUCCCUGGACGCCAAGGGAACUGCUGGAUGGAGUCCUGACCAGACAGCUGCUUCUGCACUGUCCACGCUAGAAAGGUCACACCACAUCCACUCGAGAACUGCAAGAUCUUAUAUAAAUGCUCAGAACAUGACUUUAAUGGAAAAGUUGACUAAGAAAUUACUAUUAUAAGUGAUAUAAUUGAGACUUUAUUAGCUUCAAUAUUAGAUUUAUCCAAGAUGAACAAACCCCCAAAUCUUUUGUGUUUAUCUGUAGGACCUGCUACAGGCCACAUUUGUUCUUCAGUCUGAUUGGAACUGUCAAAUGUGCUGCCACUAGAUGGCGCUCUGCCGCACUGUUUUAGCACCGUGAUUGCAGACCUGAAAGGCUAGGCUGAGUCGGAAAGACUGCACUUAGGGCUGACUUGGUUAAUACUAUUAAUGCAUUCAUUCUUUUGCUUUCUUGACAUCCCGUGAUCUAGAAGGUGCAUUUUCUUGUUCCAUGUCAAUGCCAUGCAAUCAUUUUCAUUUUUGAAGUUCUUUUAUAACCAGUUAGUCUUUAUUUAGGGGUACAAUGCUAAGUGCUUUGCACACUAACCCCUGCAGUAACCUUGCCAAAACAAUAUUCUUUUCUCCACUUUUAAAUGCAGUCUUGGAGGGCUUAGGUGAUCCAGGAUUAUGCAGCCAGAAACAGCAGGGCUCCCCUAGAGUUCUGUGAUUCUAAGCCAGCUCCCUGACAGACCUCAGAGCUCGAAGGACCCUAAGGGCCAAGUUAGUCCAGUCUCCUCAUUUUUAGAGGGGGAAACUGAUACCCAAAGAUGAGACAGACAUCACAGAGCCAGUCAGGCUGAGACUGUAAAGUCAUGGUCUCCACAUUCCUGUCCAGUGCUCCUGGGUCACUCUUGUGGUAAACUCUUGUGCUGCCUUCCCUAUGGGUGCACCCAAGGGAACCCUAUGCUUGUAACUCCUGUGUCGUGCUGUGUCCUAAUGCGAGAUGAACCAGGGUGUUGUGUGUGUUACCCGAACAAGAAGAGCAAUGGACCUAUGGAUAGGAAUUCUGCGCCAGAUGGUUAUCUUCCCAUUAUGGCCAGGCCUGACAAAAGGAACUUCAUAAGGAUCAUAUCUUGUAUUUCAAAAGCAGUUCAUCUCUCCAUACUGCAGCCUCCAUCUACUCCACACUGCAGCCAGAGGGAUGGGUGGGUUGGUUGGUUUGUCACAGGAUCUCCUUAUGCAAUUCAGGCAGCCCUCAAACUCUCAGUGAUCCUCCUGCCUCAGCCUUCUGACUGCUGGGAUUUCAGGCUUGCACCAGUAUGACCAGCAGAGGGAUAUUGUUUUUAAUGAAACACAAAUAUAAGUAUGUAAUUUCUCUUCCUAAAACUUCAAUGACACACUGAGCUUUCUGUACCAUGUCUAAAACUUAAGCAUAGAAAACUUUGAGCCAGAUCCCACCCACUUUUCAAAACCCCUCACUGUGUGCUCCAUGCACUUCUCUAGUCUCUAUGCUCACUGACACUUGCACACUCAGUUCCUUUGAUUCUGGCCUAUGGAGUCCCCACCUCAGCAGGCUUUUACAUGAUUUCCCCUUUUGCAACAUGCUCUUGUCUGACUACAGGUCCAAAGUGAGAGAAAGUGACCAUGAACUGAAUCUGGGAACCAAAACAAACCUUUCUCCUUUAUAAGUUGGUUGCCUUGAGUAUUUUGUCACAGUGAUGGAAAGCUGGCUUCACCAUGCACCUCCAGGUAGCAGCAGCUCAUUAGCUUAAGAGCAUGAGCAUUUGAGAAACUUACUGAUUAACAAGGGAGCUCAUUCCAGAAAAUGCAUUCUCUUGCAGUUUCCCCAAAACACGAAGGUGACAUGACACUAUAAGCAAAUUAGAUUUUCUAAUCAAAAGUGCAACAUAACAAGGUAAUUAUGAGGCUUCAGUAACGUUCCCACUUCUAUCCUGAGUAUUUUUAUCACUGUUAGGGGGUUGGUUGAAGGAGGAACUGCUCAAACAUUUUCAUUAUCACCUUAGGUUCUUUUCUGUGGGAGCUUCAGGUAGGGAAAAUAAAUGCAAAUGAAAAGCAGACAAAGGUACCAUUCUCUUCAGACUGGCAGAGGUGCCUGGGCGACCUGAAGGGGCAGUGAAAUGGCUCUGUUAUUGACAUGAGUGGUAUCUCUGUAACCAGAGGCCCGGGAGAGGAUAUGCCUCAGACAAGGGUGCCAAGAGCAGCCGGAGACAGCUGCCAACCUGUGCUGGCUUCUCACCCAGCAGGAGCAGGGGGCAGGGAGCCACCCGUGAAUGUGCCUGGCGCUCUGGGCCCGGACUCAGAUGGAGAACAGCAGGGGCUGAAGUAACAGUUGAGUUCUAGGGGCUCUUCCCAUUGCUGCAGACCUGAAAAGACUGCGCUGGCCGCUCGGGUGUGGCACCCCCACCUCCGGUCUUGGGCACCCCGUGACUCUGCUGUGCUCCGUGUGCUGUGUGGGUCCCUCUGGGCUGGCCGAGAGGGUGGGCCGUAUAGCAGGAGCUCUGCAAUGCCAACCAGCAGCUUCCCCAGUGAAACCGAGCGCAGGAUGUGACCAAGCAGCGGGGGAGGAAGCUCCCAGGCAGACAACAGUGCAAAACACACGUCAUGCAGUGCCAUGCACUACACGCAUGCAAAGACAGGCGUGGCACCAUUCCCGAGAGUAGCGUGCAUGCGCUUCUCAUAAACAGCAAUUCUGGCCUUUGACAGCCACCAUUUACAAACCCUAAAAUGGGAGUUUGGAGCUAGGGCUGCUUGGGCUUUUGUUUAAGCAGAAAUUUCUGUUUAGAAGAAUUCCCUCACUAAAUCGAGCACAAAAACCACCUAAUUAGUGGUCAGCUGCUGAACAGAGAAAUAAAAGGUGGACUGUGCAUGGAAUAGAUACUCUGUUCUGUCACAAAAAGCUGUUAAUUACUGACCAUGCAGCAAAACGGGUGAACCGUAAAAACAUGCUCAGUGAAGAAACCAGGCGCACAAGGCCAUGUCCUGCGAGCCAUACACACGUGCAGAACAUAAAAGCCCAGAAACAGCAAGUUAUUACCUGCCAGGCUCUCGGUCAGGGAUGAGGCAGUGGAGAGUGGUGGCUGCACACUCUGGUAAAUACGCUAAAAACUGUUGGACACACUGAAAACCGCACUUUAAAAUGGUGACUUUGCUCAUGUGUCAAUUAUGUCUUGAAAAAAGAGGAAGAAGGAGAAAGAGAGGGAGGGCGGAAGGCCGUGCUUAAUGCAAGGAAGCACUGUCAGGGUCCGAGGGUCCCAGGCAGCCAGGGCAGCGGCCCCUCCCACUGCUCUUCCUGUUUCCCCUGGAGAGGCUCAGACUGGCUUCCAGAGCCCUACGGAGCCCAGCAGGAGUGUGACAGUGUUCACAAAUUCUCUCAUUUCCUGCAUUCCACAACAGUCUGGCUCUCCCCUCGCCAAGCACACAGGUGCAACCUGACCACUCCACUAGGGUGGGGAGGUCUGUUGCCAGCCAGGGAGGGAGAAGCCACUGUCUGCUCUGCCAGUGCUCAUUAGUUCAGUCCGGGGGGGGGGGGGGGCUGGUGGCAUGUGCCCCCAAGGUGAAGCAGGGUGUUCCUUGGCUUCCAAAGGUGAGGAUCAGGAUCUGCUUCUCCCCCUCCCGAGCCUGCUGAGCAGAUCCCAGGCUAUAUCAGAGGACAAGAAGCUCACCUCGGCAUGGUUCUCUGUUUUCUCAAUUCUUGUGAUUGGCAUACAUGACUUUAGUAAUAAGAGAAAAACACAAGAGGCAGGAGAGUGCAGAGGGCAGCUUGAAAGGCCCUGGAGACUGCUGCGGACAGCUGGGGCCAGGGAGGAAUCGCAUGACUCUAGAGGCAGAGAUACGAGGCACCUGGUUCUUAGGUGAAAGGACUUGUCACGGAGCAGUGGCCCUCCAGAGAGGCCAGGUAGGUAUGCAGUGUCACCAAAGGUCUAGGCUGGUUCUCCAGGUGGCCCUGACCUUCGAAGCUUGAGGCCACUCAGCACUUUCCCACUUCGUGCCCCAGUCUGUGCCCUCCCCUAUAAUCUGGGGUCAGUUCUGCUAGGGGUGGGGAAGGAGAGAGCCCCAAAUCAGUUCAGCUUCACCAGCCCAGCAAUGCCCUCUCUGACUGGCCGGCACUCCUGAUAACCCAUGUUGGGACCCACUUGGGGCCCCAUUCUAUGCCUGCCUGCCCAGACCCUGCUGAGUCGGUCUAAUGUGAGGUAUCCUUUCAAGUUCCUCUAGACGCACUCACCCGGAACAAAAGUCCUGCUUUCCCCCACCCAGUUCAUGAUCAACAGUAGCAGUUACAACAGCCAGCUUCACCCUCGUCCUUGAAGACCGGUGAUGAUUCAGGAGUAAGAUUAAAAUCAAAAUAAACAACAAACAACCUUGUGUUCUCCCCGAGACCUCUGUCCCUGACUCAGCCCAGGUGAACCCCAGAUCUCAUCUCUGGUGGCUUCCAGAAGCACAGAACAGCCUGUGAUUCUUCCUUCUGUCAAUAGGCAGAGUUUGCUCUCGCCCAGUUUUAAUCUGAUCUUAGCUCGAGCUUGCUGAGCCAGUUCUGCAGUACAGGUUCUGAGAGGAGACUGCAUAUGAGUCAUGAUGAUGGGGUUGUGUUUUCUUUGAUCGAAGUGUACCUGUUCCCUUCUUGUGGCUGAUGUUAAAGACAGUCAGUGGUCAGAAACUCCUGGGCCAGGUGGGGGAACGGAGAAGAGACCCAGAAGUCACCUUCCUGGCCACUGUUACUAUGCCAUCAGGACACUUCAGGCUUAAUCCACCUUUACUAGUGGGUCGGGAAAUCUGCCUGCCUCAGUUUCUUCAGAUAUAAAUAGAGUUAAUAAUAGUCCCUAACUCUAAGGUUGUUGCAAGGAGCAGAAGCAAUGCCAGGAACAGGGUGUACUCGGUCGUGUUAUCUGGCAUUAUGACUACUUUUGUCCUUGUUCUGUGGUCAUCAGUGAUGCUGCCAGUGUUUUUAUUCAUAUGUCACAGCAGCGAAGAGUCAGUGAGGGAAACAGAAACUACUGUAAGUAUUUCUGCGGCCGAGAAUUUAAUAUAGGAAAUAAAAUAUUUACAAAACCUUCAGAAAGACAUGAGAGUCUGGGCCGUGGUUAAAGUGGCUGAGAGUGACUGCUGGACGCUUCUAAUUACCCGGCUGUGGCUGCUGGAACCUCUGAUCCCUGCCAAGGCUGACUGGAGCGAAGGAUUUACCACUCUGCCUGGGAGCCCUGGAGGCCAUGGCCAAGACCACCUAGGGGCGGGAAGCCAGCCCGCAGCCUCCUGUAUGGUAGGAGCACGGCCUCAGGGGCAGCUGUGCAGGAAACGGCUCCACAGGCCACUGCUGCAAAAGUGGGCAGGGAGAGGCGGGAGCAGCUGGCUCACGGGUCUCCCUCAGGACGCUGUUCUGCCCUCAAGUGGGCAAGCAGGAGGGUCAAUCCAGUCUUCCUGAUGCAACAAGCAGCGCUGCUGCCAUGCCAUGCAGCAUCUGUCAUGAGCUGUGAGUUUCUCCAGGAUGUGCACCUCCAGCAGGGACUGCAGGCUCAAAAGGUGGCACAAGUCAAAGUUCACAGAAGAGGCUCUCACAUUUCUUUUCACAGCCGAAGCACUGGAAUUACAGGCAUGUGCCACCACAUUUAGCUUGGUGGCAUUCUUUAUCUGCUUUUUCUUUUUCUAUUCCCAUCCUUUUCCUGCUUCCCAGGGGAAUCUCUCUAGUAAAGUUUAUUUUUAACUCUUUCUGGUCUUAGCUAGAAGACCUAAGGGAACCCCUAUGUUGUUUUAUUUUUUACGUCUGCUGGACCCUACCCCUACAGAUGGAUGGUGGCUGUGUAGAUAGAGGGGUCAAUGGAUGAAUGAAUAGACGAAUGGAUGGAUACAUGACCUGUCCAAGAUGCCAUGGCCAGCAGAUGAAGGGACUGUGACUUGAAUCCAAGCCUUCUUUGCAUAUUCCUAGUUCUGUGUUGCCUGCCCUUUAAAAUCAGCUCUCCAAUGUUCCAGCUUUCCUGGGUUGUGGAAUACAAUAAUGAUGAUGCAUCUCAAGAGCUCCAGCUGCCCAGGUGGGAGACUGUAUCCUGGUGAACGCAGGAGGUAAUUUGUCCAGUGGACUUUAAUGUCCUGGACUGAAUACUGCAGAAAAGCUAAUGAGCUCUAUGUUAUAAUUAGAGAAAAUAUCCUAGCAGCUGGCUGGAGAGAUAGUCAUUGUCUAACUACAUUUUUUCCAAGCACUUUAACUCAAUGGUGUAUAAAAUAUUUUAGAAUUAUAUUUUUUAAAUUACUUUUUUGGAGAGAUUGGUUUAGAAUUACAGCAGUUAUCUAGCAAUUCUAGGGUAGGCUUUUUUUCUUAGGCUCUGCAGAUAUUCUCUAAUUACCACAAAGCUCCUGUGAGGUAGGUCUUAUUACUUGCUUUAUUUUGUAGAUGAGGAAACUGAGGUUCACAUAGGUUUACAGACUUACCCAAAGUUACUGCUGGCGAUGGGGCUGGACUAGAACAGCUUCACCCUGUCACAAGCAUGUCUGUCACCAAGGAGAGGGGCUUGUUUACUUCCCUCUUCACAAUUCCCCUGAUCAUGUUUAACUGUUAGUGCCAGGCAUUGUUUUAGAUGCUGGAGAUAACACAGAGAACAAAGCGGGGUCCCUAUGUGCACUCUAGCCACAGAAAACCAGAUAAUGAAUAAACUCAUAAAUAUACAUCAGGUAUUGGUAACUGUGAGGAACAAAAGUGGAACAUAAGGAGGAUACUGCUUAAAAAUAGAUGCGACUGAUUUCCAAAGCAUUUGUAGCUCACACUGGCCCCCAGGACACUUGCUGUGGCCUGGGACCGUGUGCAGGUGUGUAGGACGUGCUCUCAGAAGGAGCACUGUAAGAAAGGAGGACAGAAGGCCUGCAGGGAGGAGCUGGACCACAGUCUUAUUGCCCCUGAGGCCUACAGAGCUCUGCCCCUGUGCUACCCUGCAGAGCUGUCUACCUUGUUUGUACCAGGCACUGACCCCAGCUCUGGCUCGGUGAAAGCAGGGUAGCCCUCUGUGGCCAAGGGCAAUGCCCAGUGAUGAGCAAUUUUGGAGUCUUGAGUAUUAUUCCUGAAUAGCGGCAGUCAAGCCCAUCUGCAGGGCUAGUGCAAAGGAUUCGCUUUCAGGUCCUCCAUUGGCCAUCUUUACAGGAUAGAAUAAUAAGACCUCUGAAAAAGACAUUGCUCAGGAUGGAGGUGAUAAAAUGCUGGUAAACAACCAUACAGAAAUAUAAAGAAAAUUAGACGAAUGAUGGCAGUCUAUGCCAUGGGAGAGCAGAUUUCCUAAAUUUGAAGGGGAAAUGAUUUUGAACAACCUCAGUAGAUGUGCAGAGACAAGAGGGAGAGUACAGAUGUACCCUAUGAUACUAUUUUAUUUUAUUUUAGUGACACAAGGUCUCACCAAGUAGUGUGUUUAAGUGAGCUUAAACACUCUGUGUAGCCCACGCUGGCCUCAAACUCACAACAAUCCUCCUGUCUCAGCCUCCUGAGUACUCAAUUAUAGGCAGACACCAUCACUCCUGGUAUGAUACCAUUUAUUUUAAAAAGAAAUUUGCUUGUGUCUGCCUAGGAAGAAACAUAGAAGGACAAGCACCCAAGUGUUAGUUGUACACACGAGACAGAGGCAGAGCUGGGGCUGGCCGAGCUCAGAUGGGAGGACCUGGCACAGAAGGGGCCGGAGCCAGACAUGAGACACGGGGGACAGUGCAGAGGAAGCAUUCUGCAGAGCUCUGGAGGAGCUUUCCUGCCUGGACUUAUUUGUGUUCUGGGAAUGGAUCUGUGGUCCGUCACUGACCAGCUCCAGGCAAGGGGACAACUUGGACAAGUCUGCACUUCCAAACCCAUUUCUCCAUCUGUGCAAAUGGAAAGACUUAUUUAUUUAUUCAUUUGUAAGAUUUAUUUUUAAGCACUCUUGUCAAGAUUAGAUAGGAUCACCUCAAACACGUGCUCCCAGUGGGUUCCUGUUCCCGACACUUUCCAAGCAUCUCAUGGACUCCUUCUUGCCUUUCUACCACAGAGCUGUCUCCACCCAGCAGUGCGUGAGGACGCCUCUCUGCUGCCCUCCUAUCUACAAUGCUCUCCUGCUGGACUUCCUGUCUUCUUGAGCUUGGCUUUGCCGAAGUGCAUUUUUAAAAAAGAACUUGGAAGUGAAAUAAAUCAUACAAGCUUAAAUUGCA